AUGAAGUACCCCAUCGCAGCAGCACUCCUUGCGGCCUCUUUGGCCUCUGCCCAAACAGCCAAAGAGGAAGAACCCUCUUUGUCAGAGAUUGAGGCUGCGGCGGCGACUACUCUGCCCUAUUCCCCCGUCUCCAACGUCAAAGGCCUUGCCUUUGACCGCUUCUUCCAGGUGUGGCUGGAAAAUAUAAUCCUGACCGUAUCCAAGGACUAUGAGGACGCGGCAGCCGACAAAAACAAGCAAUGGCUGGCGUCGCAGGGCAUUACGCUUACCAACUAUUAUGCCGUAACCCAUCCAUCAGAGCCAAACUACUGCUCUUCUGCGGGGGGUGACACCUUUGGCAUGGACAAUGAUGAUUUCAAUCGGGUCCCUGCCAACGUGUCAACCAUUGCAGACCUACUAGACACCAAGAAUAUCGCAUGGGGAGAUGGGCUUUCAUCACCCCCAACAUGA